CCAAAUCUUAAAAGGGGAUCUCGAGCUUUUCUGAAAGUAGCCGUUGGCUGGGCACGACGCCAGAUUCGCAAGUCAAGACGAGACGAGAGAAGAGAACAUACAAAGGGCCAUGGACGACGGCCGCUUUGCGCCGAACCCGAGCUUACGGGCGAACUUAGUGCUCCGGGUGUUCUUCGCCGUCCUAGCCGUCGCGCUGUGCUGGGUGCCGCUGCGGUUGUUCUGGCGCAAGAGGGAUGUCGCGGCCGUCGCGCUGCUCGCGGCCCUCGUGUUGCUGGACCUGCUGGCGACCGUCAACGCGCUCCUCUGGCCUUCCGACGUCUGGGACGUCUGGUGGGACGGCGCCGGCCUCUGCGAGGUCGAGGUCUACUUGUGGAUGCCGCUGCGCACCAUCUACGCCGCCGCCAUCUUCGCCAUCGUCCGCGACCUCGCGUGCAAGGUCAGGGCCGUGCCCUCUGCUGCCCUGCUGCCGUCGCCCUCCCGCAGCCGCGGUUGCGGUUGCGCCGGGCGCAUCUGGGUCCAGGCUGCCAUCGUCUUUUCCGUCCCCCUCUUCCAGCUCCUCUUCACCUGGUUCGACCUCACACAACGCUACGAGAUCGGCACCAUCGUCGGGUGCAUGCCCGUCUUCGACGACAGCUGGCCUCGUAUCGUCGUAUACGACCUCCCCAUUCUGGUCUUCACCCUGGCAUCUCUUCCGUACGCAUUCCUGGCCUUCAAGCGCUACCAUGCGACGUCCAAAUCGACGCUGCCCUUUCUUCGCGCCAAGUCGCGUUCGCGAUGGCGUCUCUACGGGGUCUCGCUCAUGAUCCUGCUUAUCUACCUGCCCGUUUCGCUCUACUUCGUUGUCAGCAACAUCGCUGACGUCGUGCGGUCCAAUGACUUUCGACCGUACAGCUACGCCCGUGUUCACGCCCUUCCUAGACCCGGAUCGGAACUAGGGGGAUCGGGUGGGACGCACCCCUAUCCCUGGGACGCCGUCUUCUUCGUGCCCUCGUGGGACCUGCCCUCCCACGUCGCAAACCAGGCGUGGUUCACGAUCGCGACGACUGUCGGUGUCGCUGUCUUCUUCGGCAGCACCAAAGAGGCCCGCACCACGUACCGCGCCUAUGCAGCCGCAGCGCGGGCCCGUUUCGUCCGUCACCGCGAGCUCCACGCUCGUGGGCACUCCGGACCCCGCCGCCACCGCCUCCACAGCAGCAGUCGGAGGAUCUGGCCUCAUUGGAACCUCCAUCAUGGUGGCCCACAUCGCCGCGACAUGUUAGAUUUGGAGGCCGUCUACGGAGAUGAGUACUACGCGAAGGCCGAGUACCCCCGCGGUUCCAGAUACCGCCGCUCUCCUUACUACUUCGACCUCGAGCCGGACUCAGACUCUGACCCGGACGGAGGUUGCGAAUGGAACCCGGAGUUGAUUCUUCCCAUCGCAGAGCCUAGCGCGAACCCGUUCCGUUCCCUCUCCUUCCGGGUGCCCUUUGCCUCGGCGAAUAGGACGGCCGCGGGGCCGUCAGCCAUCCGAGCUCCUCCACGCGCCUUGCUUCUUGCGGCCCUGUGGCCCGGCGCCGCCGGCCGUCCGGGCCGUCCCGGCGCCGUCAUCCCGCCCGUCGUCCCCGACCGCACCUCCUCCUUGUAUCACGAGCGGAGCUUCAUCCGCCGCGCCGCAUCUCGCGUCGUCGCCCCGACCGCCGCGGCCCUCGCCAGCUUACGCGGCAGGACGGCAGCUAGAGAGGCGCGGAGCAAGAACAGCCGCAGCGGGGGUAGUAGUAAUGCCGAGGCUAUAGGAGCGACGACAACCCGCGCUGGCGGUAGCGGUGGAGGUACUAAUAGUAGUCGUAGCAAGAAGCGACAGAAGAACGUAGGUCGGACCGAGACUGAGAACCCUACCAAGCAGCCGCUCGUCUCGCCGCCGCCGGAGGCCCUGCGCCCAACCAACUUCCGCAGCUUUGGGGCACUAAGACGGUCCUCAUCUGCAUACACUUACAUCUCGACUACCAUCUCACCCUCAAACUCCGCCUCUGCCUGCGCCUGCGGCCCGGCAUCUGCGGGCGCAUCCUUCCCCUCUUUCGCUAGCGGUCGCACUAACCUCCAGAUCCCGCCUCUUCCUCCCCAGUAUUCUGCACCGGCCACCACCCCGGUAGGCUGGCCGCUCACCGCCAUCAGGGGAGGAGGCAACGAGGCCGAAGACGCCGGGAAAGGCUUCGUGCGCGUUCCCAUCCUCAGUGCGAGGCUGUGUCCGCAGCGCCAGGUGUCGGAGAAGGAGAGCAGAAAGGUCUUCCGGACGGCACUGGCCGCCGCCGCCGCCGGCGCGACGAGGGAGACGUGGAGGAGUGCUCCGCUUUCGUCGUCAUCUUACUCCGAGACGACUCGCUUGAGCUAAACGUGCUGACCUAUGAGUUAUGAGCUAUUAGAUACGAACCGUAUGGUAUGCCUGUGCUACGCUGUGCUCGAGGAGGGAAGCACCGGGACCGCCACAUAUCAUGGCCUCCGUUGCGGUGAAUGGUAUGUGUACAGGGCAGCAUGAGUUUAUUGCUUUUCGCUUCGCCUUCAGACGAUGAGCCGGGGCGUGAUACAAGACAUCGAGGCUCCGAGUUCUCUGUAACAAGAAAGGCGCUAGAUUGGUUGGUUGGUUGGUCGGCAGCACUUAUGUAGAGUCCUGUCUGAUUGAUAUAUUAUAAAAAGGCUGUCGGGAAGACCUGUCGAGACGAGGUUAGGGACAAUAUGCCGUGACAGCUACAAAGGCCAGGGGGUGUAAGAAACAUCGUGUUUUGUGCAAGCACGAAUUCCACACCUUGAAACAAGAAACCGUCA